AGUGUGCUUCAUAACACCGAGCUGUUCGUCGGAUUGAACAUCAAGCUGAGAGAAAACCUCCAUUAAUCAACCAUGGCGGCACUUUUUAAAGCAAGGAGAGCUCUCAGCUUGUGUCUGACCGGCUGUCGGAGUCUGACGCAGCUGGCCGAGCUUCCAGAGACUCAUCAGCUCCUCAGACAGACCUGCAGAGACUUCGCCGACAGAGAGCUGAGUCCCAUCGCUGCCAAACUGGACAAAGAGCACACGUUCCCCGCUAAACAGAUCCAGGAGCUGGGAGCGAUGGGUGUGAUGGCCAUGGAGGUUCCUGAGGAGCUGGGAGGAGCUGGGAUGGAUUACCUGGCGUACAGUCUGGCCAUGGAGGAGAUCAGCAGAGGAUGUGCGAGCACCGGAGUCGUCGUCUCUGUUAAUAAUUCUCUGUACAUCGGACCCAUCCUGAAGUUCGGCUCAGAGGAGCAGAAGCAGCAGUGGGUCACACCGUUCACCACUGGAGAGAAGGUCGGCUGCUUCGCUCUCAGUGAGCCAGGUAACGGUAGUGAUGCGGGCGCGGCCUCGACGACGGCCCGACAGGAAGGAGACGAAUGGGUGCUGAACGGGACUAAAGCCUGGAUCACUAACAGCUGGGACGCUUCGGCUACCAUCGUGUUCGCUACGACGGAUAAGAAGCUCAAACACAAGGGCAUCAGUGCGUUCCUGAUCCCGAUGCCUCACCCUGGACUCUCUCUGGGGAAGAAGGAGGAUAAGUUGGGGAUCAGAGCUUCGUCCACAGCGAACAUCAUCAUGGAGGACUGCCGAGUCCCGCUGGGGAACAUGCUGGGGCCCCGAGGAGCCGGAUUCAAAAUCGCCAUGCAAACUCUGGACAGCGGUCGUAUCGGUAUCGCCGGUCAGGCUCUCGGCAUCGCUCAGGCUGCUCUGGACUGUGCUGCAGACUACGCUCAGAAACGCACCGCCUUCGGAGCCCCGAUCGGCAAACUGCAAGCCAUCCAGUUCAAACUAGCUGACAUGGCCGUGGCCAUCGAGAGCGCUCGUCUGCUCACCUGGAAAGCCGCUCUUCUCAAAGACGCCCAGAAGCCGUUCUCUAAGGAAGCAGCCAUGGCCAAACUAUCAGCGUCUGAAGCCGCCACCUUCUGCUCACAUCAGGCGAUCCAGGUUCUGGGUGGGAUGGGUUACGUAGCGGACAUGCCUGCAGAGAGGCAUUACCGAGACGCCCGCAUCACUGAGAUCUACGAGGGAACCAGUGAGAUCCAGAGGCUGGUGAUCGCUGGAAACCUCCUGAAGGAAUACCAGCAGUAAACGGACAUAAUCCCAAAAUAUACAUGACAUCACCUCCUCAUCCGUAAAGAUAAGAUAAAGACGACGUGAGCGAUCACACUACGAGAAGAUCAAAGAAGAUUCAGCCGAAUUUAAACGUUUAAUUACCUCCGCUGUCUAAAGAAGGGCAUUCAGGAAUACCUGUCAGUUUCACACCUGCCUCCAAAACUGCCUUAACAGAGUCAGUAAUGUUCACAGUUUAAAGGGUCAGGUCACCCAAAAGAAGUAGAAAUAACUUUUACCUCUAUAGUCAUGACAAUAGUGAUAAUAAUAAUGAUUAUAAAAUACUGUAUUUAAGAGAAAACAAGAGGAAAAAGAGGAAAUUGCUUGGUUACAGUUGCUAUAGACGACCGAAAAAACACCUCAAACUAUCAAAUGGAGAAAAAAACUAAGAAGUAAUUACUGAAAAUACCCCAAAUUGUACAAAGAAAACAAUCAAAAGUAUUAAACACACUAUUAAAUAAAGUAUAACCUCCAUUAAAUCUCCAUUAAGUCUCGUUUAAAAUCUGCCAAAUCAGCUCAACUAUCGCCAUGGUAACCCUUUCACUGAAAAAAACUCAGCGACUAUCGACUAUCACUGGAUUACUACGAUACUGGAAAAAACGUAACCUCAUGUCUGGACAGUGAACGCACCGUGAGUAGUAGCAGCAGCAGUCUGCGUGUCUACACCACGAGGCGUUCAGGUGCAGCAUUGAGCGUCGGUCACCAGAGUGUUGGAAGCACUCAGAGCCCAAUAAAUACAACUGAAGGUGACGAGUUUAAAAGAAAAAGGAAAUAGACUUAAAGUAUAAAGUUUUAGGUCUCUGUUACACCGCGUAGAUUAAAAUAAGAGCGUAUCUAAGAGGUAAAAAUUCAAUGAUUCUCAGGUAAGUUCUUUAUCUUCUAUCUCUCUAGUUUCUAAGUGGAUUUAUGGAGGUUUAUAUCCGACAGACAUUGGGAAUAAUUAAAUCCUCAGACAGUGAAUUUGAAAAUGACCUUAAGCCUCUUUGGGGGUUUUAAGGUAUUUAAAUAGCUUUCAUGUUACUGCUGCAGCUCCUCUAAUGAUGAUAAGAGGUAAUUAAGUCACUUCCUGUUGUUUUUUUUAGACCAGUGAAUCCUCUGCAGCAGCUCCAGUACAAAAAAACAAGACUCUUAUUUACUUCCUUGUGCUCCAAAAAAUUAAAAAUUAUAUGUUUGAGAAAUUAAAAAAGCAAAUAUCCAACUUUACUUUGAAUAAUCCAUAAGAAAUAGUUCCUAUAAAUAAUAAUAAUAUUCUUUAGUUUGACAAAAUAAUCCCAACUCAAGGUCCUCUUACUGUUUUUUGUCCAUAUUGGAUAAUUCUGCACCUCCUGAUUUACGUCCAGCGCCAACAUUCAGCUUCAAAGCUUCUUUUAAAAAUAUAAAAAAAUAAAAAAUAAAGCUUGUAAAUGGAUUAUUUUGUCAAACCUAAUCAAAAAAGAAAAGAUCUCCAGUUGAUUUUUGGGUGAACUGGCCCUUUAAGAAAGCCAGUUUUAUUGUGUUAAUUGAAAUGAUUGUUCCGGUUUUCACCACCAGGGGGCGACGUGGUGCCUUCAUUGUUUCUUGACCCCAUUUCUGCUUCAGUCACCAGAAAUGCUGCAUUAAAAAUCUCUUUUUUUUUUUCUUUUUCCUCUCUUUUCUUUCAGAGUGUACAGAGUUGCCUCCUUCAGUUUGACUCAUGUGAGCUUUCUGAAUGUCAGAGUUUAAUACUUGAAUCAUGAACAUUAGCUUGUUUGUUUUUAGAGAAAGUUAAAAAAAAAAAAAGCAGGUUGAGGUUAAAUCUGUGAAUAAGAGGCUGGAAUGAAACGUUUCUGCUCCACUCUUGUGUUUUCUUCACAGACCUCUUUGUGCCUCCAAUGUACAUAUUUUAUUGUAAUUUAUCGUGUGCAGAUGAUGAUGAUGAUAAUAAUAAUAAAAACACAAUUCCUAUUAA